UCCAGGUAUUGAACUAUUCCGUUGUCAAGCAAACAACCGAUAUAUAUAUUUUAACCAUGAGAAUUUCGAGAUGCCGGAAGACGCGCAUUCCUGCAUUAAUAGUCUCUUACUUCAAACGAAUUCAAGUCCGCAAAAAAAUUUAAUUGAAAAUUUUUUCUAUUUUUUUGAAAUAUGUUUUCAAUUAUUUUUUCUUUUCUUCAUCAUCAUUCUUUUGAUCAUCAUCAUCAUCAGCUUCGAGGGAAUCGGUUGACGAAAUCGAGAAUAAUAAUAUUAUGAAGCCGCGUCAAAAAUGUUGUUCUCAUUGUCCGGGGAAAAUAACAGCGUCCUUCGAUCUCGAAGAUCAUACAUGUCCGUUACCAAAGUAUAUAAGUGGAAAUUUAAGAUUAACAUCGUUAAAAAAGAAUGUGUCUGGUGAGGAUGAGGAACGCAUUGAGAGGCUAUCGCGUAAAACAGUGAAAUCAACACCCGUCGAUAGAAUUGAUUCGUGCAUCAAUAGAUUUGCUAUAGCAAAAAAAUUUCACGCUGAAAAUUUACAACAUCAACCGUUACCCGAUAAAGUUGACGAUUCAAUUUUUAACAAUGUUAGACCAUCGAAAUUGCUCAAUAAUUUGUGUUCAAAAUGCAAAGCCAUUGAGAGAUGUCAGAGGAUAAUUCCACAAUUAAAACGAGAAGAUGCAAAGCGUUUGGGUAAAAAGUAUGGUCCAGUUUUGGGAUGUAAAAAACCAGAGACACAUAUGGAUUUAGCGAUUUGUUGGGAAACUCCAAUAGAUCCGGAGUACGAGCCUCGAAGAGCAUUGCACAUUGAUGGCUCCGAUGGUGGACCAGCGCCUGCUGUAUUUACUCUUGUUCAACAUUCGCUUACAUCAUCGGAAAAAAUUGGACAACAAUGCCAAGGUUGCAAUCGACAAUUGGAGAACAAAUCUGAUCACCGUGAUGUGGAAAAUAAUUUAAAUUCAUCGGAACCGUUGAAUAAUCAUCAUUCACCGAAUGUGGAGGGAAAUAAUUGUGAUUUGUGUGAAAAUUUUAAUUCAAUUCACAUAUCCAGUGGCGAUAAGAAAACUAUUUUCCCAAAGCCUGGAUUUCGUCCAAGGCCAAAGCAUGCAACUCAAUUGAGACAUUGUACAGCUUGCGAGGCAAUGGGAAAAACAACAGUAUCAAAUUUGCAUCCAUCACGAUUUAUUCAAUCGGCAAAAAUUAAUCGAAAUGGUCGACGUAAUGGUUUGUCAACUAAAUUUCCCGUACCACGUCCACGAACACCAUUUGCCCGACGAUCAUUUUGCAUUGAUACACUAACGCCGCCAUUCAGUAUUGUUCAAGGAUGUCGUGACGCUGACUAUCCAGAACAUUGGCGGCUCACUUCUGUUUAUCAACAAUCAUAUCGUAAUCCAAAAAAACAACGCGGUACAAUUUUAAAUUACGAUCAUUAAUUUCU